AUGGCUAUCUUACGCACCCUCCUCGUCGCUGCCUCAGUGCUCUGCCUCACCACAGGCUAUGAGCUCAAGGCGGAAUACAACGCGAGCAACUUCUUCGACAAUGGCUCCUUCCGUUUCUACAACGGCUGGGACCAGUUCACCCAAGGCAUGGCUCUCUACGUCUCCAAGGAAGAGGCAACUUCACUUGGACUUGCUCGCAUCGACGACGGCAAGGUACAUCUAGGAGUCGAUACAACUCAAGUACUCCCUCCGCAAGAGCCCGGUGAAGGCUAUGGCCGCAAGAGCGUCCGACUAGAAGGAGUGCAGACGUUUGACAACGGACUCUUCAUUGCCGACUUUGAGCACCUGCCCAGUGGAUGUGGCAUGUGGCCUGCUUUCUGGCUGCUCCACGACACAGGUCAUCAAGAGGAAUGGUACUCCGAGUUCGACAUCAUCGAGGGUGUCUCCAUGAACUCGCAGAACUCGCUCAGCCUCCAUACCGGUCACACGCCAUGCAAGAUGCGAGACAAUGGCGGAUCAGGCGAGACGCGCCCAGGCCUCGAAUGCAUGGAACAUCGCGACUGCGGCGUCAAUGGCCCCGAGGGCUCGUUCGGCCAACCCUUCAACGAUAACCGAGGCGGUGUCUGGGCAGCCCAAGUCGAGGAAGAUGGCAUCAAGGCAUGGUUCUUUCCUCGGGGUCACGAGCCAUCGGGUUGGGAUAGCGCGAAUCCUGACCCCAACACAUGGGGCAAGCCUGUGAUGAACUUCGUUGGGGAUGGUUGCGACAUUCGCAAUACGUUCAAGAAGAUGAAGAUCAUCAUCAACAUUACCUUUUGCGGCUCCAUGGCUGGAGGCAAUGCCUGGUCUGGCUACACACACUGCGCAGCGGAGACUCACGACGAAUCUUGCACUCACUUCGUUGCGACCAACCCCGACAAGUUCAAUGAAGUGUACUAUCUCAUCAACUCGGUGAGAGUUUAUCAAAACGGCGCUGGUGCUGGCUACCAGGACAACUGCCUCCCACCUUCUUUGCCUCAAGCGUCCCUCACCUCCUCUCAAGCAGAGCCGCUCUCAGCGAUGGCUGGAGAACAAUCUCCCCUUCCAGUAGUAGUGACUACCGUUAUCACCUCAACCAAGAUCAUGACUCUACCGGCGACUCUGACUGGCGGUAAGAACGAAGGUCCAUAUGAUCCAUCGGCGUCCCCUACAGCUCCGACGACUUUUGAGAUUCUCUAUGGCCAGCGUGCCUCGCAGGUGGCCCCAGAGGCAGCUCCUGCGGUAGUUACCGUAACAGCGGUCAUUACGUCAACGAAGGUUAUGACACUGCCUGCCACUCUGACUGGCGGUAAGAACAUGAGUCCAUAUGACCCUUCAGAAUCCUCCACGACUCUCAUCACCUUCCACAACAAACGUCUCUUAUUGACGGCAUCCGAGGCGGCUCCAGUAUUCGAAGCAUCAUCGGCGACAUCUACCAAGCCUGUGGGCACAACGACUGGUGGCAAGUACUACAGCGGUUACGAUCCGUCAGCGACUCCUACAUCUGCCAAGCCUACAGGUACAAGGAUCGGAGGCAUUACCAACUACACCACCGUACAGACUCCUGGGGCGUCAUCUACGAAGCCUAUAGGCACAACGAUGGAUGGCGUUACUAACUACACCACCGUCACUGCUUCGGCUGUGGCUUGA